AGGAGCUCGCGCACAAGCUAUCGCGCAGCUUCGACAUGAAAGAGGAUGGCAGCUUAUUGGAGGGGGAUGAAGUGAUGCGCCGCCACCAAUCAAUGCAGCGUCUGACCAGAGAUGGACAGUUGGAACCCAGGGAACCGCCCAGAGUCCUACAGGACGAAGAGGGCAACUUGCGCGUGAUGGUGAAGAAAACCAAACCGAUUUUGGGCAUUGCGAUUGAAGGGGGCGCCAAUACGAAACACCCUCUGCCUAGAAUUAUUAAUAUUAAUGAAAAUGGAGCUGCAUACUCAUGCGGCGGCCUGGAAGUGGGCCAACUGAUCCUCUCAGUGGACGGAACCCGAGUGGAAGGGUUGCAACAUCAGGACGUGGCUCGUCUGAUCGCCGAAUCGUUCGCCCGCAGAGACCGCAGUGAUAUCGAAUUUACGGUAAUCGAGGCGAAGAAAAGCAACAUGGAGCCGAAACCAACCGCUCUCAUCUUCUUGGAAGCAUAACAUUUGCUGCGCCUCCCCCCUAGCGACCCUCCGGGGCCGAUCGUCACCGAAGAACCGGAACCUGGGGACUGACGGUCCGAACCAAUGGCCACUGCGCAUGUGCGCACGAGUAGCUGCUGCAGCUGGUGCUUGUGCCAGUAGGCGGCCGCUCAUGCGCACUUGUUCCGAUGGCCAGCCAGAUUGGCUUCGGACCGCAAUCUACAACUACUACAUAUCAUUUAUAAAAAAAAUAAGCAAUCUGUGCACUUUUCGCGCGACAAUUCCAAACGCCAAAAGUAGAGUGAUAUGUUGUUAUUUCCUGUCGCUGGAAAGGUUCAAAUUUUGCUCUAGCUGUGGUAGGUAUCGCGGUUACUCUUGCAUUCGCUGAUGUUUGUUGUGUUCGGGCACUUUCGAUUAUGAUCCCGAAGCCUCUCUGUAGAGACCAUCAACGAAAAUUGCAACAGAAAAUAAUCCUCUUUACUACUCCAGUCAGUCUGAUGCUUUUACACACUUGAAAUGGCUUCGCUACUCGUCUGUUCCUCCUUUUUACUAACGAAAUAUAUUUCAUAACUUUUCAAUUAAGAUUGUCCGCAUUUUUAAGUGAAACUUUAGAAAAUUGAACAUUUUGAAAAAAGAGUACUUUGCCUAAAACCGGCAAAUUCUGAAUUUUUGACAAAAUUUGAAAAAUAUUAUUAAUAAAUGGUUCUCAAAACAAAUCUAAAUACAAGUAAACAAAAGUCGUCAACAUUCUCACAGCAACGGAACUGACUUACUGCGCCGGUGCGUUAAGUUGGC